UCAUGAAGACUCUUUGUUGCGCCGAAAUAUUAAUUAAUAAAAUCAGCUAAUUGAUAUCAAUAUAUCGACUCAAAAAUAACGUAAAGUUAUGAAAAUCUUAAGAUAUGUGAGCCCGAUGUUGUUUAUGAAUAAAAAACUCAGAAAUUUAAUUACCAACUAGAUGUUUAGUUAUACGAGAGGAACUUCAUAAAUCAAUGUCAAUAAAUAAAAUCAACUAACAUGUUCAACUAACUGAUUUAUCAAGUGUUAACAGUGCGUCUUUACAGAAAUUUUUGUACUAAAUUCAGUGAAAGUUGUCGUAAACUUGUAUUUCACUAAAGUGGUUUUCUUAGUAACGACUGGUUGGUGCCACAGACUGUUAACCUUCCAACUGGACACUCAUGCAAUAGGCUGAUCAUCGCGAUGAAUUAAAACUGCCGAAGUGGAUCUCAAGGUGCCAGCUUCAACGACGGCGUCGUCGAGUUUUCUCAAACAUCCCUAUUUCUUCUCAUCAUCUUCGGGGACGUCAUCGUCGUCUUCGCCCACGUCUCCUUCGAUGAUGAACGGAGGGAAGCCGAUGCACGCCCAGGAACACAUCAAGCGCCCCAUGAACGCGUUCAUGGUUUGGUCCAGAGGUCAGAGGCGGAAGAUGGCACAGGAGAAUCCGAAAAUGCACAAUUCUGAGAUCUCCAAACGCCUUGGAGCAGAGUGGAAACUCUUAACGGAGAUGGAGAAAAGGCCCUUCAUCGACGAAGCAAAGAGGCUGAGGGCGCUGCACAUGAAGGAGCAUCCGGACUACAAAUAUCGUCCCAGGAGGAAACCGAAGUCCCUCAUGAAAAAAGAACCAAAGUUCGGGUUCUCUCUUUCGCCGCUUCUGUCAUCAGCAAUGGAGCCUCUCCAUGGCAUUCCUCGGUCACUGCUCCCUCCGUUACCAGUGCCUCCCCCGGGCCCCCACCCUCCCCCGCAUCCUCUCUUCGGAGGAGACUCCGACCUUAAGUUCCCGCGGUCUUUAUUCCCGCCAUUUCCAUACCCCCUUUACCCGCUUCAUCACGCAGCAAAGCUCCAUGCGGAAGACCUGGCCUCCACUUCAGGAGGCGGGAAGACGGCGGCUGACCUGCCGUGCAGCUGUGGGCCCACCACCGUGACGCCGACAGCUAGCGAGGCAGCGCAGAGGUCGCCCACACCAGACGCCGGCAUCAAGCGUCCUGUGGCUUAUCUGCUUGUGAAACCCGAGGACCAUUACGCAGGGUCUGCGGCCGCGUCUCAGCACGUUAUCUGA